UGUCAAACUCAAACUAUUUGACUUUGACAGUUAACAUAUUUGUACACUCGGCUGUGCUUCUGCUUUGCACUUUCUAUUGCGUUUAGUGAAUAAAACAAAAAUCAUGGCAACCGAAGUAGAAGAAACGAUUAAAAGGAUUCAAGCUCAUAAAGGUGUCAUGGGAGUGAUCAUUGUGAAUCACGAAGGCAUACCCAUUAAAAGCUCUUUGGACAAUGCUACAUCAGUAUUAUAUUCUGGUUUAAUUGGUCAGUUAACAGAGAAAGCUAAGAAUGUUGUACGAGAAAUGGAUUCAACAAAUGAAUUAACAUUCCUCCGAGUCAGAAGCAGAAGGCAUGAGAUAUUGAUUGCUCCUGAUCGGGAAUUCAUUCUGAUUGUUAUACAAAAUACAGCAGACUAGUCAUAUGUACUACAUAAACCAACAUACUUAUCAAAAUCUAUGAGUAUGAAACUAAUUUACGAUAGUUUUGAGCACCACCUUUUAAAGUAAAAGUGUUUGUCAAGCUGUAACUGUCUGGUCUGGAGUCAUUGUCUUUACCUAUGAAGGUUUUACAAGAUUUCUGACAAAUUAAUCACAAUAAUUGCACCCUCUUUUGCGGAGUGAGAAAAGUUUGCUAGACUAUAAUUUGAUAUUCAGUUCUUUCCCUGCACAGAUUAAAUAAUUAUAUGUCAAAUGCCAGUUAUUAAUAAGGCAUAUCUCUUUAGAAAUGAAGCAAUCAAUUUUUAUAAUUCUUUAAAUUCAGAGGAGUGAGGAGAGAUUAUGAAUGUUUUUGUUAAAACCAAAUGGCUUAUUCACUAUUGUCUCUUUUUUAGUAGUAAAUAAUAUUGUCAAUCUGGUAACACUAUAACACCAAUAGCAACAAACGAAAUAAAUUAUUUUAAGACAAUACUUUAAAAGGAUAAGGUUAAUUGAUGUAAAAAAGCCUUUGCGAUUUUUUAUGCUACUGAAAAAGCUUCACAAGUAUAUCUAAUAUUUUGCGUUUUUUUAUUUAUAGGCAUAUAUUUGUUCUAAAAACGGUAUGAUGAUUUAUUUACGUUUAUUUAUAGGACUAAAGUAGGCUUUUAACUAUAUUAGUGUGUAAGAAAAGGUAUUGUUAUAUGUUUAACAGAUAUAUACUUCGCGCAUCUAUUUUGGUAUAUAUUAAAAUAAUAACUAGCUUGACACUUCAAAAUAUUUCUUAUAUACUAAUUUAAAUUGUCAAAAUGCUAUUAAUAUGAUUUCUGAUAUGUGAUUAAUUUUCAUGCAGUUAAAGAAUUGCUUUCAAUUUUUUU